CCCCUCUCCACCGCCCGAGGAUCAUGCAUCAUUAGAUCCCGCUGCAACCCAACUCCCGACUCCAACUCUCCUCGCAGCUGCCUUUGCCCCUUUCACUUUCCUUCUGCAGGCGCUUCUUACAGCUCAAGUAUCUAUCUACGGACCGUUUCUUGGUAAUCGCUCUCCAUUCUAUCCGGAGUCCCUGAAUACAGACCGCUGCUAUGGCGUCACGGAAGAAGGUUCUCCUCAAGGUGAUCAUCCUUGGUGAUAGCGGUGUUGGCAAAACAAGCUUGAUGAACCAAUAUGUCAACAAGAAAUUCAGUGGAAGCUACAAGGCAACUAUUGGUGCCGACUUCCUCACCAAGGAGGUCCUUGUCGAUGAUCGGCUGGUGACGAUGCAGAUCUGGGAUACUGCCGGUCAGGAACGAUUCCAGUCCUUGGGUGUUGCAUUCUACCGAGGUGCCGACUGCUGUGUGUUGGUCUACGACGUGAAUAACUCAAAGAGUUUCGAGGCCCUGGACAGCUGGCGGGAUGAGUUUUUGAUUCAGGCUAGCCCGCGUGAUCCUGAGAGUUUCCCAUUUGUGGUCAUUGGCAACAAGAUUGAUGUGGAGGAGAAUAAGCGCAUGAUUUCUUCGAAACGGGCCAUGACGUUCUGCCAGUCCAAGGGCAAUAUUCCGUACUUUGAGACCAGCGCCAAGGAGGCUCUUAACGUGGAGCAGGCAUUCGAGGUUAUCGCCCGCAGUGCCCUCGCCCAGGAAGAGGCCGAGGAGUUCAGUGGUGAAUUCAGUGACCCGAUCAACAUCCAUCUGGACAAUGAGCGCGAUGGUUGUGCCUGUUAAUACCCUUACCUAUACUCCCAUGACAUUUUGAGCGACUAUUCCUCUGGUUUUCUCCUGUCUGCUUUUUUUCCCCUUUCCCCCACAUACUCUGCUUGGUGGUUUUCCUUUCUUGUUGGGUGUUUUUGCCUGUAGAGAAGGCCCUUGAUUUCUGGCUUAUUGGAUUUGUAUUCCUGUAGAUGUUUUCAGUAAGAUUUUGAUUUGUUGACUAGGGCAGCCAGCAAUUUCAGAUUUCGUUCUUUUCUAAGUAAAUA